AUGGGCUAACAUACCAAGCCACUUAAUUUCGAGAACAUUUAAACACUUAACACUUAAUUUGGAGAACACUUGGCACUGAUUGCAGCAAGUGAAUGCGUAUGCAUGUGGGAUUUUCAUGUUUGUUUUAGGAAGGCCCCGAUUUGCCUGCCUUGGAAGCGUUUUAAGCGUUUUACGCUCCUCAACUCCCCGUCCUUGACUCCUGUGGAGGGGGAAGCCGAGGGGUGGCCGUGUGGAGGCCCCGCCUCAGGGAGCCUCGCCCCUCCAUGUGGGGGAGCGCAUGCGCACACCCAGGCCUCAGGAGACAGAGAAAAGAGGAGGAGUAGGAGGAGCGGCGCCAUCUUCUCAGCCCCCCCCCGCGGCUCCCAUGGGCGACGCGGCUCAAUCCCCGCGGCCGGGCGUCGGCGUCGGGGUGGUGAUCACCAGCCCCGCGCACCCCAACUGCGUCCUGCUGGGCAAGAGGAAGGGCCGGCUGGGCGGCGGCAUGUACCAGCUGCCCGGCGGCCACCUCGAGUUCGGGGAGAGCCUGGCCGAGUGCGCCGCCCGCGAGGCGCGGGAGGAGGCGGCGCUGCGCCUGCGCAACGUGCGCUUCGCCUCCGCCGUCAACGCCGCCUGCCCGGCCGCCGGCUACCACUACGUCACCGUGCUCAUGAAGGGGGAGGCGGAGCCGGGGGCGGAGCCGCGCAACAGCGAGCCGGAGAAGAAUGAGGGAUGGGAAUGGGUGAAGUGGGAUGAGUUCCCCCCGGCGGAGCAGUUGUUCUGGGCCCUGCGGUGCUUAAGGGAGCAGGGCUACAAUCCUUUCAGUGAAGAGCUCGACCACCUGCAGGGGUACACGGGGAGUCACCAGCUGGCCUAGGAUGGAGCUGCUUUAUUUUUACCAUGCUAACAUCACCCAGUCAUAGGGUUUUACCUGGUACAUCUUCAUGUAGGUGGAUAGCCCUUCGGAAGUCACCAAAACCAUUCAGAGAAGCUUGGGAACGGUUAUAGCAUCAUGCCUAAGUGAACCUGAUUUAAGCCACUGUCUUGCUUUCAGUGUAAAGCUAUGUGGUACAUCUUGCUGCUUUCCUCUAAUUAUAAAUCUUGGACCAAUUUC